UUUCGAUCCGGUGUAGCCGAACAAAACCCGAGCCCAGCUCGUUGCCUGCAACGAAGAGCUCGACUCGGCGUGAGGUUCAGCGGGUGAGGCAACGAAAUCGGAGAAGAUGAUCGUCUGCGUCGCCGUCGUCGGCCAUCAGAACAACCCGUUGUACAUACAGAGCUUCACGGAGGCGGAUGAUGCGCUCAAGCUUCACCACAUAGUCCACUGCUCUCUCGAUGUCAUCGACGAGCGAGUGAACAAUCCGAAAAAAUCAGGGCCGCUGCUGAAUGAGACUUUUCUGGGCCUUCUUUAUCCUACCGAAAACUACAAAGUGUAUGGCUAUCUGACUAAUACGAAGGUGAAAUUUAUCUUGGUCACUACAGAUUUAGAUGUCAAAGAUGCCGAUGUGAGAAAUUUCUUCCGGAGGUUUCAUGCAGCAUACGGGGAUGCAGUUUCAAAUCCGUUUCAUGUACCAGGUAAGAAGAUAACCUCCAGAACAUUUGCAGAGAGUGUCAGUACCAUUGUGAAGGCGUUUGGCUUAAGUUCAGCUGGCUGAAGCAACUUAUCACUGAACGAUACACUUUUUGUCCUCUUCCUUCUUGUUGCUGGAACUGCAAUGGGUUGUGAUAUCUUACUUA